AUGAUGAUAUCGCGAGAUGGCAGUCCGGUUCUUCCUUCAACACCGGGAGAAUGUGUCCCUGCCGAUCCGCCUAUGACACUUCCGAUUACCUACUACUGGGAGCAUCAAUAUCAAUAUCGGGAUGGACAAGCUCUCUACCAGACUCAUCUCAAAACUCUCAAAGACUGUCACAACAAUUGUGUCCAUAAUCUCACUUGUGGCACUUACUAUUGGUCAGCCACGAAUACAUCAUGUGUUUGGUAUAAAACAACUGAAAUUUACAAGAACCAAAUGCAAUCUCAUACGUCUUCUGAAGUCAUCUUUUCCCGACGCUACUAUCCGCUAACAACAAGUCGAUUAAAUUACGUUACGAGGAAUCCCUACACGUAUAUCUAUCAAAAUCUAGCAGGCACUGGACAAUCCCAAUGGCAGUACAGCUACAACCAAAAAGCCAGCAGCAAAGCGGUUCUUUGUGUUUUAUGGCGUCCUACGAGGGGUUGUUCACUUCAAGUUUAUGGAACAAAAAACGGUGCUCUUGAUUUUGUCACCGUUGCAAGUCAGUACUUCUUUCUUUCGAGCGUGAAAGGGAUUUGUGACGCGACAGAACCAAUCUACACUUACAAGACGACCACAGGAGUGCUAGGUACCAUUUACUCAAACACCAAAAACAAAUCGUGGUCUUUGUCAAACACAAUGUUUUCAUGGCCGCUCUCGUAUUGCGAGGGC